GGUUGACCAUCACUGUGACCUCGGGUAAAUGGGCAGCCAUUGCCUUCCUCGCCGUGCGGUUGUCGAGAUAGUAAGCCGCCGGCGCCGCUACCGUCGACGGUUCCCUGAUUCCCCUCUCGAAUGAGUAGGAAGACAUCAACCAUGCCACCCGCCUCUGGCAGCCGGAAGUACUUCUUCUAUGGCCACCGCAAGCCCUCACAAAAUCGCCCUGUCGUCCGCGGCGGCCGCUUCUCUAAUCGAAAAAUUGUCUCUCCCGUCCCAGUUGACACCGCCGUUCGCCGCAGCACCGACUUCCGUGAAUGGAACUUUGAUUGCCCUAGCCAGCCGAUGCCGCUCUCUCCUUCUGUCCCUGCCAUCGACCGUCGACGCUCGCCUCUCGCUCGUUACAUUCUCGACUCCCUCCGCCGUCACUCUCGCUGGUCGGCCGUCUUUUACGAUCUGCGCAAGCUUCGUCGUGUCCCUCCUGACCUCGUCGCCGAAGUUCUCCGCUCUCGCCCCCUUAUCGAUCCCUCCCUCUUCACCCGAUUCUUUCAUUGGGCCGGCAAGCAGAAGGGCUUCCAUCACACAUUCGCAUCAUAUAAUGCUUUCGCCUAUGCCCUCAAUGACGCCGCACGUCCUGCAGCCGCUGACCAACUACCGGAGCUGAUGCACGCGCAGGGGAAACAGCCAUCCGAGAAGCAGCUUGAGGUCCUCGUUCGAAUGCAUGCUGAUUCUGGCCGUGGCCUUCGGCUCUUCCACAUCUACCGGAAGAUGCGAGGUAAAUUUGGUGUUAAACCUCGCAUUUAUCUCUACAAUCGUAUCUUGGAUGCUUUAAUUGCAACCGGGCAUCUUGAUCUUGCUCUUUCUGUGUAUGAUGACCUCAAGGUUGAUGGUCUCAAGGAGGAAGCCAUCACUUUCAUGAUCCUUGCUAAGGGAUUUUGUCGUGCUGGAAGGAUGAAUGACCUUUUCCAACUACUUGAACGAAUGAGAUCAGAACUGUGCAAGCCGGAUGUUUUUGCAUACACUGCAAUGAUUAAGGUGUUAGAUUCGGAGGGGAAUAUGGAUGGUUGCUUGAGGGUUUGGGAGGAACUGGUGAAAGAUGGAGUAAAAGUUGAUGUAGUGGCAUAUUCGACAAUGGUUUCUGGUCUGUCUAAAGCAGGAAAGGUUGAAAAGGGCUAUGAACUGUUUUUGGAGAUGAAGAGGAAGGGAUUUGUGAUUGACCCUGCUGUGUAUGGGUCAUUGGUGGAGGGAUUAGUAGUAGAGGGCAGAGUUGGGGAUGGUUGCCAGCUGUUGAACGACAUGAACAAUAAUGGGUACCGUGGAGAUCUCUGCGUUUACAAUUCCUUGAUAAAGGGCCUAUGUACUAUUGGUAGAGUUCAUAAGGCUCGUAAGCUUUUUCAACUUCUCAUGAAAGAGGGUAUCAUCCCUAGCUCUGAAACUGUGAUACCUAUGCUAUCUGUCUAUGCCGAUAUAAAUGAUAAGGCCAACUUUUUUCAAUUAGCUGAUCAGUUAGGAGCAUUGAAAUUGUCAAUUUCAGAUCUUAUGACCAACUUCUUUUCAUCCUUCAUCACAAAUGCAAAUAGAGGAACGAAAGCACUGGAAGUGUUUGAAGAAUUGAAAGCAAGAGGAUACUGUAGUGUUGCUAUUUAUAAUAUUCUUAUUGAAUGUCUUCAAAGUCUCAAGGAUGUGAAACGUGCGUUGGACCUUUAUAAGGAAAUAAAGAAUUCUAAAGUUUUUCAACCAGAUUCUCAUACCUAUUGUCCAAUAAUUUCAUGUUUCGUAGCGGAAGGGCAUAUUAGAGAGGCAUGCUCUUGUUACAACACGAUGAAGGAAAAUUCUUGGACGCCUAGUGUUGAGGCUUACUGCUCGCUUGUGAAUGGGCUAUGCAAGAUUGGAGAGAUUGAUGCAGCUAUCACCCUUGUCAAAGAUUGUUUAGGAAAUGUAACUAGUGGCCCUAUGGAAUUCAAGCAUGCAUUGACUGUUAUAAACACUUGCAGAGCAAAGAGUCCAGAGAAGGUGAUAAAAAUUUUGCAUGAGAUAAUUGAUCAAAAUUGCCCAUUGGAAGAUAUUAUUUACUGUUCUAUCAUAUAUGGUUUCUGUAAAUAUGCAAGUUCAGAAGAGGCAAGAAAAGUAUUAGCAGAAAUGAGAGACAAAAAGUUCCUUGAAGAGUCAGACUUUAUAAUCUAUGAGGAGUUACUUAAUGGACACCUGAAGAAGGCUACUGCAGCCUUGGUGAUCUCUGGCUUGAAGUUUGUUGGUCUUUAAUCUAAGUUAGAAUUCACCAAUUAUUUGGAGUGACCAUGGUGAAUGGUUGAGGAAAAUGUCAGAGAUCUGGUAUUGAAGAAAUCCUACAGCCACCUUGAGAAACAAAUACACCCUAGUCCCCUCAAAGGCCCAUUUUACUUCCUGAGUUAGGCAGCUCAUGCAAGUUCAGUCCCAAUCACAGGGUUAUUGUGUUGGGUAUAAAAGGAAUUUUGUGUGGCACCACAGUUGCUUGCUUUCUUUUCUUGAGUCCAGACACUAAGCCAACUUGUCUGGAGGCAUUCCAGCAAAUGCGUUUUGGCAGGAUUAAGACUGAGAACCAAUUUAAUUUUUUUUUCUGCUGCCUUGUUCCUUCAGUUUGAAUUCAUCAACCUUGUACAGAUAAAUCAUGGUGCUGCAUAUUUUCUCCCUCUCUGACAAGGUGUACUAAUGCAAAGUCUCAGAGAGAAAUAAGUUUGUCCCCUGCUGAUGCUUUAUACUUCAGUAUCAAGCCUUUGUAAUAAUUCAGAAUCUUAGGGAAGCAACGAUCAUGGCUUUUUGGAAAAUGUAUUAGAUGCACAUCUACUCAGAUGCAGUUGGAUAAUCUUACUAUUGCCGCUUUGCUUUUUCCAUUUUCUAUCAGAAACUUAGAAGCCAUGGGAUUCCAAAUGUGCUGUUUAUGGAACGAGCCAGGUUCUGAAGAGAAGUGAUAGACUGCACAGUCACAGAAAAAGUGAAAAUACUAGAUUCCUUAUAAAGAUGGCUUUUUCUUCUCUCUUAUUUGUUUUCUUUUCUCCAUCAUUGUUUGUUUUUUCUACUCUUGUCAGUACUGAUAUCCAAAAAUGGUCAUACUCUACAGGAAGAUUGUUGAACCUUUUGCUUGGGGAAUCUCAAGUUCUACAGCUGAAUUGUUGGCAUUCUCUAGGUUUCCUCCAAGUAUUAAUAUUGCAUUAGGACUUAUGUUCCUCCAAAGAAUUUUUUUGAUCAUAUGCCUGGUAUGUAUUGGUCUGACGAAGAUUAGCUAUCACCUUUAUAAGUCAGUGGUUGCUAAAUGCUAUGUAUUUUCUAUCAUCUUUUACUCUUAUAUUAUAUUGGCCAUUUUAAUUU